GCUCGCUCCUUCAUGCUGACGGAGAAAGCCCCUGCUGCCGUCAUGUCCUCAGUUGUAGCCCCGGAAAAGCCCGCCUCCAACACCAUGGGUCCCAAAGAGGUGGAGCUGAUCCUUGUCAAGGAGCAGAACGGGGUUCAGUUCACCUCCACCACAUUAGUGGCUCCCGCUCCAGCUGAGGCGAGCGCCAGCGCCGAGGAAGAGAGGGAGACCUGGGGGAAGAAGAUCGACUUCCUCCUCUCUGUGAUCGGCUUCGCCGUGGACCUGGCGAACGUCUGGAGAUUCCCCUACCUCUGCUACAAGAACGGAGGAGGUGCAUUCCUGGUGCCGUACCUGUUCUUCAUGGUGAUCGCAGGCAUGCCCCUCUUCUACAUGGAGCUGGCUCUUGGGCAGUACAACAGAGAGGGGGCGGCAGGGGUCUGGAAGAUUUGCCCCAUAUUUAAAGGUGUCGGCUUCACAGUGAUCCUCAUUUCCCUCUACGUCGGCUUCUACUACAACGUCAUCAUCUCCUGGGCGCUGUUCUACCUCUUCUCCUCCUUCACCGACGAGCUGCCCUGGGUCCACUGCAACAACACCUGGAACAGCCCCAACUGCUCCGACUGGGCCGACGACAGCUUAGCCAGCGACGUCCACAAAGUCACCCCUGCUCAGGAGUAUUUCGACCGAGGCGUGCUCCACAUCCAGGAGAGUAACGGUAUAGAUGACCUGGGCCGCCCGCGCUGGCAGCUGACUUCCUGUCUCGCCGUGGUGAUCGUUCUGCUCUACUUCAGUCUCUGGAAAGGAGUCAAGACCUCGGGCAAGGUCGUGUGGGUCACAGCCACCAUGCCCUACAUGGUUCUGACUGUGCUGCUUAUCCGUGGAGUCACUCUGCCCGGGGCCAAAGACGGCAUUAAGGCCUACCUCUCGGUGGACUUCAUGAAACUGUGUGACGCCAAGGUCUGGAUCGAGGCCGCCACCCAGAUCUGUUUCUCGCUGGGAGUGGGGUUUGGUGUGCUAAUCGCCUUUUCCAGCUACAACAAAUUCAGCAACAACUGUUACAGAGACGCCAUCAUCACCAGCUCCAUCAACUCUUUGACCAGUUUCUUCUCGGGCUUCGUGGUCUUCUCCUUCCUCGGGUACCUUUCACAGAAGCACCAUGUUGAGUUAGACAAAGUUGCCAGGGACGGUGCUGGGCUGGUGUUUGUGAUUUACCCAGAAGCCAUUGCAACACUGCCCGGGUCCUCAGUGUGGGCCGUCAUCUUCUUCAUAAUGCUGCUCACGCUGGGAAUUGACAGUGCUAUGGGUGGCAUGGAGUCGGUGAUCACUGGGCUAAUUGAUGAAUUCAAAUUUCUCCACAAGCACCGGGAGCUUUUCACACUCUUCAUUGUUGUCGCCACCUUCCUCAUAUCCCUCUUCUGUGUCACAAAUGGAGGGAUGUAUGUGUUCACUCUGCUGGACUCUUUUGCGGCGGGCACAUCGAUUCUCUUUGGAGUGCUUAUUGAGGCCAUCGGCAUCGCGUGGUUCUACGGAGUGGAUCGUUUCAGUGACGACAUUGAGGAAAUGAUCGGCCAGCGACCGAGCAUGUACUGGAGGCUGUGCUGGAAGUUUGUCAGCCCCUGCCUCCUCCUGGUUAUGGUCGUGGUGAGUUUUGCCACAUUCCACCCCCCGAACUACGGCUCCUACACGUUUCCUCCCUGGGCGACGACGGUGGGCUGGUGUCUGGCCAUGUCUUCGAUGAUCAUGGUGCCGCUCUAUGCCAUCUACAAGCUCUGCUCGCUACCUGGGAAGUUCUGCGACAGAUUGGCGUACGCCAUCACUCCAGAGACAGAGCAUCACUUGGUAGACCAAGGAGAGGUGCGGCAGUUCACCCUGCAUCACUGGUUGGUGGUCUGAGAGCUGCAGAGAGCGAGGGAAAGAAAGAGACGGGCAGUACGGACGCUGGAUGGAUGCAUGCAUGAGCAGAGAAGCUUCGAAGAAGUGAGAGAAGAGCCAUUUCAAAUCGGUCACAGUGACAAUAGUGGUAGGAGAAGUCUUAAAGUGCCAACAUACACACACACAAAAAACAACAAAAAACAAACACAGUUAUAGAAACUUCAGUGUUCUUUGAGUUUAACAGUGGCUGUGUGAAGCUGUGCUUUGGCCCUCUCCACUAUUUAAUUAACGCUGGCGAUUGGGAUUCAGUCAAACAGCUCCUGUGGCGUUAAGCCUGUUAUUUUCACAAUGCAAGGUUCACAGACUUAGUUUUUCCUGCGUGAGCACCAACAGGUACAUCCAAACGAAUGGAUUGAGUUAGAUCGUCGGCAUAGGCAUCGCUGAAAGAAGAUAGAUGAUGACAAAGUGCUAGAAUACAACAGUAGCAUGUUUUCAUUUCUUUAAACUUGGUGGCUGAAAACUCCACUGUUUCAACUGAAUCCCAGUCUGUAUCAUGUUAUUGUGAUUAUUCAGUUGAUUUUAAAGACUGUUAUGAUGAUUGAUAUAACUGUUAGCAACUCCUGCGAACUUCACUUCUUUACGUUCAUGAACCGCAGAACCGUUCCUUCAUCUGCUGAUAACAAUAUUGUCACGUCAGUGUCAGAGUAAACAUGAACUUUCCGCACUGAGCCGGUUCUUCAGCAUAAAGGGAAGUUUCAAAUCAAUGAACGCUGCUGAAAAUGAACCCCCUCCUCCUCCUCCUCCUCCUCCUCCUCCUCGCCACGUUUCUCCUCUCAGUUACACUGAAGGGUUAAACAGCUGGGCGGUGGUUAGUAGGCGUCGGUUUAUUGUAACGCUGUCAUUCAUUGUGUUUGGGAGGAUAAUCGCACGGGUGACUGUACUCCCAAAUAAUGUUCAAACUGAAUCUGGCGACUUAAAACGGCGGCCCUGGAGUCGCAUCAGCUCAACAAGGGAACAAACAAUCCGAACUCAACCGACAAUUAAUUGCCAGCGACAGAAAACAGAGUUGAUUAAACCAACCAAAGAACACAGCGAGCACAGAAAUUCAGAUACUGCUUCCUGAAACGAGAAUAUUUUUUUUUUGCAACACGAUCUUCUUUCUGUCAGUGAGUUGACCACUUGAUUGUUUGACUUAUGUACCAGAUUGCUCUCGCUUGCUUUAGUUCAUGUGUGUUUUCUCCCCCAUGAAAAAAGAAUCGGGUUGUGAACAGGAAGCUCCAACUCUUCUGCGUCCAAAAGAAGGCAGACAGCUUUAAUUUUGCCAUUUACACGAGUCUGUCCAGUAUUUCAAGACUGUUUAAAAAGCUGCUUCUUAUUAAACUGCAAAUAAAUAGUGUGUAUUGUAAUAAAUGAAGUUCUAUAUCGGUGUAAGUAAAUGUAAUGUAGAGGGCCUUGUAUUGUAUUGUACUGUAUGAUAUCAAAUGACAAGAACCAAGUAUAUAUUACGUAUACUUGCAAAUAUAUAUAUUUGCCUUAAGAAUAUUAUAUAGAAUACCCUCAUAAUUUUUUUUAAUUUUCAAUUUUUUAUGUUUGAUCAGAAACGUCGGCGAGCCCCUACGGUGCAUGUACUGAACGAAUAACUAUGUCCCAAGUUGUAUGCCUGUGCUGCUGUACUGUGCCUUGUGGUGUUUCUGACUGUAUGAUUUUGUUUUGUACUGUCAAAUAAAGUAUAAUUAAUACAAAUA